AUGAGCGCCGCAGACCAGGAGCCCAUCGCCGUCAUCGGCAUGGCAUGCCGCUUCCCAGGAGGCUCGAACUCUCCGUCGAAGCUGUGGGAGCUGCUCAAGGCGCCCCACGACAUUGCCAAGCCCAUCCCCGAUGACCGUUUCGACUCGACAGGCUUCUUCCACAAGAACGGCUCGCACCACGGAGCCACCGACUGCCGCGAGGCGUAUUUCCUCGAUGAGGACGUCACGCGUUUCGACAAUGCGUUUUUCAACGUCCAGCCGGGCGAGGCCGAGGCCCUCGAUCCCCAGCAACGUUUCCUGAUGGAGACCAUCUACGAUUCACUCUGCUCCGCCGGCCAAACCAUCGAAGGUCUGCGCGGCUCUCGCGCGGCCGUGUACGUUGGUCUGAUGUGCGACGACUGGUCGCAGAUGAACGGCCGCGACUGGGACCUGGUGCCCACGUACGCGGCGACGGGCACGAGCCGCGCCGUCGUCUCCAACCGUGUCUCCUACUUUUUUGACUGGCACGGCCCCAGCAUGACCAUCGACACGGCCUGCUCCUCGUCGUUGGUUGCCGUCCACGAGGGCGUGAAUGCCCUGCGUAGGGGCGAGUCCCCGAUCGUGGUGGCUGCGGGCGCGAAUAUGAUUCUGUCGCCUGGAAUGAUGAUUGCCGAGAGCAACCUGCACAUGUUGUCGCCUACUGGGCGGAGUAAGAUGUGGGAUGCCUCCGCCGACGGUUAUGCCCGUGGUGAGGGUAUUGCGGCGGUUGUGUUGAAGCCGCUGAGCGCUGCGCUGAGAGACGGAGAUCCCAUCAACUGCGUGAUCCGUGGCACCGGUGUCAACCAGGACGGCAGGACCCCCGGCUUGACGAUGCCGAACAACGUCGCCCAGGCGGACCUCAUCCGCGACACAUACGAGCGCGCCGGGCUCAACAUUCAGGACCCGAAGGAUCGCCCGCAGUUCUUCCACGCCCACGGCACUGGUACGCCGGCGGGUGACCCGCAGGAGGCCGAGGCCAUCUCGCGGGCAUUUUAUGAGGGAGGCAGCGUGAAGGAUCCCCUCUUUGUAGGGUCGAUCAAAACCGUCAUCGGUCACACCGAGGGUACCGCUGGUCUGGCCAGUCUAAUCGGCACUGCUCUGGCCAUGCAAAACAACACCAUCCCUCCCAACCUUCACUUCAACACUCUGAGCCCCAGAGUGGCGGAGUUCUGCGACAACCUCCGCAUCCCCACCAAGGCCCUGCCCUGGCCGACCCCGGUGGCCGGCCAGCCGCGCCGUGCCAGCGUCAACAGUUUCGGCUUUGGCGGCACUAACGCCCACGCCAUCAUCGAGAGCUACGAGGCCGCUCCCACCGAACAACGCACCGUGAGCACCAAAGUCCCCGCCUUCACGCCGCUCACCAUCUCGGCCGCCUCGGCCUCCGCGCUCCGCACGACCCUCUCCGACCUCAGCGCGUACGUGCUCUCCCACCCCGACACCGACCUGCGCGACCUCGCCUACACGUUCCAACAUCGGCGCUCGACGCUCGCGUUCCGCAAGGCCAUCGCCACCGACAACCGCGACGCGCUGGUGGGCACCAUCGACGCGCUGCUCAACGAGGGCGGCGCGGGCGACGGCGGCCUGACGGCGCGCUACUUCGACUCGCCCGACCCCAAGAUCCUGGGCGUGUUCACGGGCCAGGGCGCGCAGUGGCCGCGCAUGGGCGCCCUCCUCCUCGAGCAGUCGCCCUAUGUUGGGGAGCUGCUGACCCAGCUUGAUCAGGCGCUGGCCACGCUGCCCGAGGGUGAUAGGCCCGACUGGACGCUGCGCGAGCAGAUCCUGGCCGAGGCCGCGCAGUCGCGCCUGUCGGAGGCGGCGAUUUCGCAGCCGUUGUGUACCGCGGUGCAGAUUGCCUUGGUGGAUUUGUUGGGCCUGGCGGGGAUCAGGCUGCGUGGUGUGGUCGGCCACUCGUCGGGUGAGAUUGCUGCGGCGUAUGCGUCCGGGUACUUGUCGGCGACGGAUGCAAUCCGCGUGGCAUACUACCGUGGCUUGUAUGCCAAGUUGGCUGGUUCACCGGCAGGCCGCGGGUCUAUGUUGGCGGUGGGCACCUCCUUUGAGGAUGCGGUUGAAUUCUGCGAGCUUGAGGAGUUCGAGGGCCGCAUCAAGGUGGCCGCGCGCAACUCGUCCAACAGCGUGACGCUGUCUGGUGACGAGGAUGCUAUCGAGGAGGCCCUUGAGAUCUACAAGGACGAAGGCCGGUUUGCCCGCCAGCUUCGCGUCGAUACCGCGUACCACUCACACCACAUGGAGCCGUGCGCGGUGCCGUACCGGGAUGCGCUGACCCGGUGUGAGAUCAAGGUAGGUGAGGGGAACGGCAUCCCCUGGUACUCGAGUGUCAUUGAGGGGCAUGUCAUGGCCCCGACCGAUGUGUCGCCGCAAUACUGGGUCGACAACAUGACUAGCGCAGUCCUCUUCUCCCCCGCCGUGGCCCACGCCGUCGCCGAGGGUGGGCCAUUCGACCUUGGUGUGGAAGUCGGUCCGCACCCAGCAUUGAAGGGCCCUUGCCUCGACACCGUCGAGGAGGCGGCAGGCCACCGCAUCCCCUACACGGGUCUGCUGGGCCGCAACAAGAACGAUGUUGUGGAGCUGUCGUCCGCCCUUGGCUUCAUUUGGACACAGCUGGGUGCCGCCUCGGUCGACUUCGACCGCCUCGAGAGGGCUAUCUCGGGCAACCCGUACCCCAAGAAGGUGGUCGACGACUUGCCGACAUAUCCCUUCGACCACUCCCGUUCCUUCUACACGCUCACUCGUUUCUCGGGUGCCCACCGUAACAUGCAUGCCCCGCCUAACCCAAUUCUCGGCCGGCGGUGCGUCGAGACGGAGACGGCCGACGAGGUCUCCUGGCGCAACAUCCUCAAGUCCGGCGAGAUCAGCUGGCUCCAGGGCCAUCAACUUCAGGGACAGACCGUCUUCCCCGCCAUGGGCUACAUCGCCAUGUGCGUCGAGGCCGCCGCGGUUCUCGCGGGCCCCGAACGCCCCCUCGGCCUGGUUACACUGGAGGACGUCAUCAUCGGCCGUGCGCUAGCCUUCCAAAACGAGAGCGUCGGCAUGGAGUCCAAGGUUACAGUCAAGAUCGACCACACCAGCGAUGACGAGCUCCGCGGCCACAUCGCCUGCCACUCCGGCCUGCCCUUCGACAGCGCGGCACCGCUCGCCCUCAACUUCAGCGCCACCCUCCACGUGCGCUUCCACGAGCCCCGCGCCGACACGCUCCCCGCCGUGCGCGCCGACGAGAUCAGCCUCGUAAAGACCGACCCCGGCCGUCUCUACUCGCAGUUCACGCAGCUCGGCUACAACUACAGCCCGCCCUUCACAGGCGUCAAGGCGAUCCAGCGCAAGCGGGGCUUCGCGACGGGCGACAUCGAGGACAUCUCGGGCGAGGGCUGGGAGGACCAGCUGAUCGUGCACCCGGGCUGGCUCGACUCGGCUUUGCAGACCGCCUUCGCGGCGUACUCCUACCCGCAUGAUAACCGCCUCUGGGCGCUGCAUGUUCCUACCGAGAUCCGCACCGUGUCCAUCAACCCUUAUUUCACCGAGCGCGGAGCUGGUGGCCGGACAAGGCAGCUCCAGUACCAGUCGACCGCACGCGAGGGGCUGGGAGCGCCCGUGGCGGCCGAUAUCGAUGUUUUUGCCGCUGGCGAGGAAGAUGGCCAUGCGUUCAUCCAACUGGAGGCGGUGCAGGUCAAGCCGUUUGCUGCGGCCACCGCUCGCGACGAUGCACUCCUGUUCGCGCGUUUCGACUACCGGUUGGCUAACCCGGAUGCGAUUGCAGCCGUUGAGGGCGACGACCUGCUGCCGCCCAAGACCGAAGCCGUGGUCGAGACCAUCGAGCGCGUCGGCUUUUACUACCUCCGCCGCGUGCACGAGACGGUCACGCCGGCCGAGCGCGAGGCCCACACUGCCGCACUUCCGCCACCUUAUCGAUCUUUGCGGACGUGUGGUGCCCUUGGUUGCCGCCGGCGAACACCCGCAUGUGCCGCGCGAGGCGAUCAACGAUUCGGCCUCGUACAUCCGCUCCCUGAUUGCCCGGUACCACGACCGCGCUGA